CUCUCCCUCUCUCUCUCUCUCUCUCUCUGCCUAAAGAGUGCCCUCCUAUCUUACUUCAAUUGCCAUCACAUAAGUCCAAACAAUCCCUUUUCUUUUUUCAACCCGAUUUAAACCGCCGGACCUGCUCUGCAUCUCCCCUGUUUCUCUCACGUUCUAGUUUUCCAUCAACUAACCGGACUACGUAAUUUUGUGGAUAAGGAGAAAACGAAGGAAACAAAAAAGAAAUGUCCUCGAGCUUGUGCCAUGGGCUGCAAACAUGCCUCGAGCCGAGGCAGGUCGGGCCACGCGUUCUCAGGCUCAAGCUCACCCCGCAUGGACCCACCGCGGACUCUGAUGCCGCAGGCAAGAUGAAGAUGGGGACCACCCAGCUGGGCACCGAUGCCGCGGACUGGAGCUUCCUGCACGCUUUUGCCUAUGCGGAAGAGAAGUGCGAGGGUGAGCAAGGUGCUGUCUACGUCCACCCGCUACUGAAAUGCUCCGCCUCGUUCCUUAGUGACCGGAGCCUCGAGAUGUGCACCGAGUCACUAGGAAGUGAGACUGGAAGUGAUGUCAGCGACGGCGAGGCCCCCCUCCUCUCCCCUGGAGGAGGCGCGGACCGCCGCCUGGUGGUUCGUUCAGCGAGGAAGAAGCUGAGCCGGAGCAGCUCGUUCCCGCCGCCACUGACGUCGGUGGGCGGCUCCACGGGGUCCAGGUGCGGUCCCGCCGGGAGGGUGGGAGGGUGGUGGUGGAGGCGGUGGGGGUGUCGUCCCCCCACCACUUCUUCCAAGUGGAGCGGAGCCACGGCCAUCUCAGGGUUCGCUUCUUGGAGGAGAGCGAUGCCCCUGAAACUGAAGCUGAAGAAGAGGAGGAAGACGAGGAAGUGGAGUCAGAGAGCGAGGAGCAAGAAGAAGAGGAGGAGGAGGAGGAGACUAUGACGGUGGAAGGAGAAGACUUUGAUUAUGAAGAGUGUGAGGAAGAGGAAGGAGAGGGCAUGGAGGGAAAUAGCGGGUUUGUCAGGGGCGAAAUUGGAAAAAGAAAGUGCUUGAAGCCAAGCAUGAGUUGCUGUAAGGAAGGUGCAGCCACAAAUUGGAAUCCCAAGCCAUGUUGGGUGGUUACUUAAGACCUCUCUUUCAGACACCAUUCACUAUCAUAACUAAGCUCAUGUGCUCUAUCUCUCUCUCUCUCUCUCUCUCUCUCUCUCUCUCUCUCUCUCUCUCUCUCUCUCUCUCAUGUGUAAUGUGAGGUUCGGCCGGGUUGUUGUCGACUAUGACGAUUUGCUAAGGAUAGGUUCGGCCGGGUUGUUGUCGACUACAAUGAUUUGCUAAGGAUAGGUUCGGCCAAGUUGUGUCGACUAGGACGAUUUGCUAAGGACUAAGGAUGUACUUAUUAGCUGGAUCAGGCGAUGUGCCUUGUUAUGUCCAUAAAGAUUUUUGCUAUCUAGUUGCUUUCAUGAAUUGGCUUCAGGCCGCCUCUCUUGCCUGAUGGUUGUUAUGGAUAUCUAAUUUGAAUUCUUUGAUCGCAACUUUAUA